AAACUGUUCCAAGUGGAGAAUUAUGCGGGGCUAAAGAAAAAAUCUUCCUGGCUACAGCCCGAAAUGCACAGAUGUUUGAAAGGGUCACACGUAACCUCCUUCACCAGACUGACCAUGAUGGAACGCUGAUUGCUGUUUCCCGACUAAAUGAUUCAGAAAAACUGAAGCUACUUGCAGUGGUGAUCAAGUGUCCAGGAAAAUGGCCCUGGCAAAGUACCAAAUACAAACCCACAGACUUCACUCUCAAUGACCUGCUCCAGGGAAAGCCUAUUCAACCAGUGCUGGAGGAGAAGGUGUUUCUAAAUAAAUAUAAAGCGACACAGAAUGGCAAUAUUGCUGGAUCUGGGGAGGUAGAUAUGGGUGGAGUCAGCAUGAAAGCCGAGGGACGUGGAACAUCCAAUAUUUUAUCGUCUCUCGGGACACUUCUCAAGGAAAGCGUGAUUAUGUCACACUUUCUAAAAGACUCCAAAGACAGGAAAGUGGACCUUCAGCACAAUCUUAUCAUGCAGAUACAGCGCAAAAAUCAGGUCUUCACUCUAGUGAAACAGCGGAUCUUCACUUCUUGUGACUGCACCAUUAACUUCAGUGAACUGAAAGAAGGCAGCUGCAGCGCCUUAGUUAAACUAUUCUGUCCUGCCAAGGUCCAUCUGAACAAGAGCAUUAGUCUAAAAAACACCACAGAUGUUGCUAUUGAGAUCCCCCCACACACUGUGGUGGCCUACAGUGUCAGCGAACUGAACAUUGAAAGUGAUGGUCAUUAUGAAGUUGGUGUAAGCCCUGAUGGGAUUGAGGCAGAUGACAGCAUUACUCAGCAGUUCAUUCACAACUGGACAGAACUGGACGGCUUAUGGGCACCAACACAAAUAAGUGAGGGAUCUUCACUGAGUGCCCUGAAUAAUGAACUGGAAAGUGAAAAGGAGAUAUUGUAUGAAUUGACUCGUCUGCCAUCUGAAACUCGAUUCUCUUUGCUAAAUCUCUUUCAAGAGAUUCUACCAGACCAGACACUUCUCUCCACUUUAGAGGAUAAGCUGGAGAAAAUAUGUGAUGAAACGGUGUAUGAUUCUCACUCUUAUUUGUCUGAAACAUCAAUUGAGCUCACUGACAAAUUUUUGGAUUUGCUACAGUCUGAGACAGACAAUAUGGACAGUCUACCCACAGCCCUCCGGCCAAAUGGAUCUUUGCCUGCAAUUUCCAAACAAAACGGCAGUCAGAGUGCAGGUAAAGCAGCUAACACCAGCCAUAAUGGAUCCAAUCAGAGGCAAUUAAUCUUGACAGCUAUGCACAUGCUGAUUAGUGCUGCUGAAGGACUGACGGAUGAUGGCCUCGCCUUUCUAAAAACCUGCUCUUCAGAAACAAUUAAUGCGUUAAGUUAUUUAGUAACUCAACUGACAGGUGUUUCCCAGCGUGUCCCCUUCAGUGAACUUCCCUUUCCCCUGAGGGAUGGUGAGGUGCCCCAGGAGAUGAAGCUGCUGUUUACUUCAUCCAAUAUUAUACUGAAGAGAGACAACAAAGAGCUGUAUGCAGAGAUAGGAAAUGGUAGUAAAGUCCUUCCCCGAGUACUGUGUAUUGUCAUUCAUGGCCUUGCAUGCUUGAAUGAGUCAUGUGAAACAGAUUGAGAAAUCUGAUGUGCAUUAAGGAUGAAAUAAAGAAUAAAGUUUUUUCCACUAGAAAUUCAGUAUUUCUAAAUCAUAACUUCAGAGACCCAUAAAAUAACAGGAACAUAGACAUAAAAUAACAAUAUUUUUAUAUUAUUUAAUACAAUUUAAAUGAUAAAGUAAAAAUAUAUCUAUCAGAAUUUAACAACAAAUAUUAUUCUUGUAAUACACUGCUUGGUCAAAAAAAAAAGCUAUGCACACUAAAAUUUCAUUGCACAACCUUUAGCUUUGAUUACAGCAUGCAUUCAUUGUGGCACUGUUUCAGCAACCUUGUGCAAUGUGACAUUUAUUUCCAUCCAGAAUUGCAUUCAUUUUUGGCUGAGAUCUUGUAUUAAGAAUGGGAGAGUCGCUCUGCGAAGUCGUCUCCUGCACAUCCAUAAGACUUUCAAUGGGGUUAAGGUCAGGAGUCUGUGGUGGCCAAUCCAUGUGUGAACAUGAUUCCUCGUGCUCCCUGAACCACUCUUUCACAAUUUAAGCCAGAUUAAUCUUGGCAUUGUCAUCCUGGAAUAUGCCUGUGCUGCCAGGGAAGAAAAUAAAAUCCAUUGAUUGGAUAACCUGGUCAUUCAGUACAUUCAGGUACUCAGCUGACUUCAUUUUAUUGCCGCAUAAUGUUGCAGAGCUGAGACCUGACAAAUUGACUCAACCCCAGAUCCUAACACUUCCUCCAGAGGCUUAUACAGUAGGCACUAUACAUUCAUGUGCUUCCCUUCUAACCCUGAUGCAGCCAUCACUUUGGAAUAGCGUAAAUCUGACCUUUUUUCCCCAUUUCUCCACAGUCCAAUCUUUAUGCUCCCUAGAAAAUUGAAGUCAUUUUUAUCUGAUUAGCCUCACACUGAUUAGGCCACAUAGCGGUUUAGUCCCAAUCCUGUAAAUUCUCCUCACAUUGUACAUGUGGAAAUGCUCUUACUUUCACUAUUAAACAUGACAUGAAUUCUACUGUCAAUUUUUUUAUGACGUGACUUCACCAAGCAUUUUAAAGAACUCCAAUCAUUCAUUUUUCUGACCACAUUCCUACCUCAAAGUUGACGGUUCACCACUUUCCUUUCAGGGACUUCUGCAAUCUCCUUGUUGUUGUUUUCUUUGCUUGACGCAGGCCAAUAAUUUGCCCCUUCUGAAAAAGUAACAUCUUUUCCACAACCACAGGAUACGUUUUCCGACAUGGAUGUUUAAGAAAUGAGAAGCUACUCACUGCAUCAGUUAGGGUUAAAAGAAUUGUUGCCAGCUGAAACAUUAAUUACUGCAAUGAUGAUCCAAUCAUAGGCUCUUAAGUAUUUGCUUAUCUAAGUCUAAAAAACAACUUUUUUUUGGCUAGGCAGUGUAUUUGUAAUAUGGUUUUUUUUCUUUUUUUAUAAAGCCAGGAAUUGUUA